AUGGAUCGGAGAUCGGAAUGGAUCGGAAUGGAUCGGAAUGGAUCGGAAUGGAUCGGAAUGGAUCGGAAUGGAUCGGAAUGGAUCGGAAUGGAUCGGAAUGGAUCGGAAUGGAUCGGAAUGGAUCGGAAUGGAUCGGAAUGGAUCGGAAUGGAUCGGAAUGGAUCGGAAUGGAUCGGAAUGGAUCGGAAUGGAUCGGAAUGGAUCGGAAUGGAUCGGAAUGGAUCGGAAUGGAUCGGAAUGGAUCGGAAUGGAUCGGAAUGGAUCGGAAUGGAUCGGAAUGGAUCGGAAUGGAUCGGAAUGGAUCGGAAUGGAUCGGAAUGGAUCGGAAUGGAUCGGAAUGGAUCGGAAUGGAUCGGAAUGGAUCGGAAUGGAUCGGAAUGGAUCGAAUGGAUCGGAAUGGAUCGGAAUGGAUCGGAAUGGAUCGGAAUGGAUCGGAAUGGAUCGGAAUGGAUCGGAAUGGAUCGGAAUGGAUCGGAAUGGAUCGGAAUGGAUCGGAAUGGAUCGGAAUGGAUCGGAAUGGAUCGGAAUGGAUCGGAAUGGAUCGGAAUGGAUCGGAAUGGAUCGGAAUGGAUCGGAAUGGAUCGGAAUGGAUCGGAAUGGAUCGGAAUGGAUCGGAAUGGAUCGGAAUGGAUCGGAAUGGAUCGGAAUGGAUCGGAAUGGAUCGGAAUGGAUCGGAAUGGAUCGGAAUGGAUCGGAAUGGAUCGGAAUGGAUCGGAAUGGAUCGGAAUGGAUCGGAAUGGAUCGGAGAUCGGAAUGGAUCGGAUAUCGGAAUGGAUCGGAUAUCGGAAUGGAUCGGAUAUCGGAAUGGAUCGGAAUGGAUCGGAAUGGUGUUUAUUACGC